AUGUUUCUUGGUAUACCAUUGAAUUUAAUACAAAAGAUUUUUGAGAAAAAAAAAUAUCAUCAACAAGAAAAAUUAAUAAAAACAACAACUAUAUUUACACAAACAACAACAACAACAACAUCAAAUUUUUAUUCACCUAUAAUUAAUACUACUCAAAUCAAACAAACAACACAACAAAUAAUUACACAUAUAAAAACAAUAACAUUUUAUACUUAUUCAUCUAUGAUAAAUAUGACUUUAAAAACUAAUAUUACUAUUCGAAAUAAAAUGUUUAUUUCUUUGUUUAUAACUUUAAUAAUAAUUUCAUUAUGUAUUAGUAUUAGUUAUUUUAUUAUGAUAUAUUUUAGAUAUUAUCUUACUAUGAAACCGUUUGUUAAACAAAAUUUAUCAAUAUUUAAUCGAGAAUCAUUUUCUAGUUCAGAAGAUUCUAAUUCUGAUAAACAAUCAUAUAUAUUAGUUAAAACAAUAAAUGAUAAAAACAAAGAAAGACAUUCGUUAACUGAUUCGAUUAAAUUAUUUAGAUAUUAG